AUGGAGGAAGAACAGAGCCGGCUCCGCAGUGUCAAUGACGACCUAUUGAAGGAAAACAAGAGAUUGAGCAAGAAGGUGGAAGACCACGAAAACCGCUCGCGUCUGAAUAACUUGAGACUGACCAUGUGGCUUCUACUGCUGGUAACAUCUGUCUUCAUCGGAAAAUCUCUCUGCUGCAUACAAUGCGACUCCAGAGGGAAAAUGGCUAUGGAUAAAUUCAACACCUUUAUCAAAAGCCAAGUCGAUGACAUUGACUCAAUAGAAGCCUAUGUAAAGAUCAAGCGGUUUGCCAAAGUCACCGAGAAAAAAGUCCUGGACUACCUUGAGGAUGAAGUCGGGAUACUGGAUAAAUAUGCUAUAUCCGAAAUUGCGUCCGAAUAUAAAAAAUCUGUGGAUGUCAUCCUGGAUAUAGGUUUUAAGGAGAUCCAGCUUCUUCACAUCAUUGGACUCCAAUUCCAGCGACUCAAAGAAAAGCUCAAGGUUAUCGUCCAGGACUCAAACCAACGGAGGUGUCCAAAUAAACAAGGUGCAGACAGCUGUGGAUUAAUGGUGCAAACCUAUACCAACUGUAAGACCUGCGCCGAGGAGAAGGUUGUCUGCGCCGGGGGCCCUCAAAAAAAUCAAGAUCUGAAAACUGGACGAUCCUGCUCUCCAUGUAAAGACCACAAGUCUCAUCUCGCAGAGACUGUAAACUGUGGAGAGAUAAAUAUAAAAGUUCCAGAGUUUGAAGAACUAAUUCUGGACUGCAGCUUUGAAUGGUACGCGAGGCUGGAGGACUCCUAUCAGAACGUGUUCACCCUGCAUCAUGAACAUGAACCCAAAAUCACCCGGGAGCCCUACCUAGUGAUCAAGGGCGUACUGAAGGGGGACUCCGGCCGGUACACGUGUACCACCAUCCUGGACUCUGAAGUGCCAGUGUGUAAGAUCACCUACAAUGUGGCAGUUAUCAGUGGAUCGGAACAGGCGAUAGAAAAAUACCAUCCUCGCCCUACACUUCCUGAUGUGCUUGACAUCACAGCGCCUGAGUCGCCACUUCUAGAGGAGCUCCGUACCAGCAAUGCUCCCCUCACAGCAAUAUCUGUGGCCGGCUCUGUCACCAUCAUGUUGAUCGCUGGCAUAUGCGUCUGCAUAUUCUGGAGGAGGAAAAUGAAAUCUAGAGAGCCUCCGGAAAAAGAGCCAGUGUAA